UCGAGUUCUCGUCGCCAGCACAACGUUUACCGUUAGCACUGGCACACCACCACCAACACCACCCCGCAAACCCCAACCACCCAUAGAGAUACUCGCUGUACACAUUGUACACGCAUCCAACAGAUACUUUUUCGAAUUCGUUUUCAAUCCAGCUACGUCCUGUUACGAAUGCAGACGCGUCGCCUCCGUGUGAUACCAUACCAAUACCAGCAAUAUCAGGUUGAGAGCUACAAAUACCAGAGAUUCGAGUGCCCAGAUACUUAGCCUAAUUACGACGCGGAUUAAAUUAAUAAAACACUUAAAUCCGCCUAGGAUUUGCCAAUCAAAUCACAUCGAAUCAAUUCGAUUCAAAUCAAAUCAUAUCAUAUCACAGCCAGUGCUUCGCGAGUGCUUGUGCGCGUGUGUGUUUGUGUGUGGCCACGGCAGCGAGAUUAAAAACAUAUCCCCGAGUUACUUAAAAUUAAUCACUAACAUAAUCACUGUGAUUUUUAUUAUUUGAUCUGCCAACGUCAACAUCGCGUGUGCGAAAACUGUUUAACGGCUGGGGGCUCCAUUAAAUGCCGCUUCGCAUUUUGAUUAGCAAACUGUUGCAACAACAGCAUAAACCAACACCGAUCUCCGAGAUUUAUAGCCCGCUGCCCACGCGAAGACUUUCGGAGACUUUCCAAGAUCUCCGUGCGUUUGAAAUGCUGGCCAUCUGAUUUAUUGACGUGCCCACGACAUUUGCUCCGGAAGAAAAGCCUGCAAAGUUCGAAUUCGAUUUUCCGUAUCGACGGAACCAACGGAACCGACGGAAGUCCGUUCCCACCACUUAGUGGAUUAAUUUCAAUUCCUCUCCCAUCAUUCAGAGCUUUUCGGGCUCUGGCAACGGCUGCAUCUUGGAUUUGCUUUCACCACAGUUGGAAGAUACCGGCCUCAAGACGACGACUUUCCUGCAGCACUUCAAGGACGUCGUCACGACGAAGUUCACGGGGAGGGACCACCACCUGCCGCCGCUGCACCCCGCCCACCCCGCCCAUCCGGCGCACCAGCAGUCGGCGCUGCACCACCACCACCACCAGCAGCAGAGCUUCUCCACCAUUUUCCCCACGUAUCUAGGCAUGGACCGCUCCUCCGCCGUAGGCGGUUGCGGCGGGGGCGGCGGUCUGGGCGUGGGCGUGGUCACCAGUUCGGCCACUGCCCUGGGACCCGGUGGCCUGACCAACGGGGGCGGCGGAGUGGUCAGCGGUGCCCUCAACGGACUGGAGGCCAUGUCGGCGGAGUCCACGGGCCUGUGCCUGCAGGAUCUGGUGAGUGCUGGGACGGCGAAUGGGGCCGGAUCCGCCGGAUCGGCGGAAAGUGCCACCACCACCAGCACGGCCCUGAGCAGCGGCAGCACCGGCAGUUCCACGGUCAACGGAGGAGGCAGUAGCACCUCGGGCACGGAGCACCUGCACAGCCACCACAGCCUGCACGACUCCAGCUCGUCGGUCAGCAUCUCACCCGCCAUCUCGAGUCUGAUGCCUAUCAGCAGCCUGAGCCACUUGCACCACUCCGCGGGGCAGGACCUGGUGGGUGGCUACUCGCAGCACCCGCACCACGCGGUGGUGCCGCCGCACACGCCCAAGCACGAGCCACUCGAGAAACUCAGAAUUUGGGCCGAAACCGGCGAUUUUCGUGAUAGUCAUAGCUCCAUGACCGCCGUAGCAAAUAGUUUGGAUAGCACCCACUUGAACAACUUUCAGACGUCAUCGACAUCCACCUUAACGAACCGGAGUCGGGAUCGCAAAGAUGGCAAUCGCAGUGUGAACGAGACCACGAUCAAGACCGAGAACAUAUCAAGCUCGGGACACGAUGAGCCGAUGACCACCAGUGGCGAGGAGCCUAAAAACGACAAGAAGAACAAGCGGCAGAGGCGCCAAAGGACGCACUUCACCUCGCAGCAACUCCAGGAACUGGAGCACACCUUCAGCCGGAACAGAUAUCCGGACAUGUCCACCCGCGAGGAAAUCGCCAUGUGGACCAAUCUUACAGAGGCUCGAGUUAGGGUGUGGUUCAAGAACCGGCGGGCCAAGUGGCGCAAGCGGGAGCGCAACGCGAUGAACGCGGCGGUGGCGGCGGCGGACUUCAAGUCCGGUUUCGGGACGCAGUUCAUGCAGCCCUUCGCCGACGAUUCGCUGUACAGCUCGUAUCCGUACAACAACUGGACCAAGGUGCCGUCGCCGCUGGGCACCAAGCCCUUCCCGUGGCCGGUCAACCCACUGGGCUCCAUGGUGGCCGGUAAUCAUCACCAGAACUCGGUGAACUGCUUCAACACCGGGGCCAGUGGGGUGGCGGUGAGCAUGAACAAUGCCUCGAUGCUGCCGGGGUCGAUGGGCUCGUCCCUGAGCAACAGCAGCAAUGUGGGGGCGGUGGGCGCCCCCUGUCCGUACACCACCCCCGCCAACCCAUACAUGUACCGCUCCGCCGCCGAGCCGUGCAUGAGCAGCAGCAUGAGCUCGAGCAUUGCCACGCUGCGGCUGAAGGCCAAGCAGCACGCCUCCGCCGGCUUCGGCAGUCCCUACUCCGCCCCCUCGCCAGUGUCGCGGUCGAACUCCGCCGGACUGUCCGCCUGCCAGUACACCGGAGUGGGCGUGACGGACGUGGUCUGAGAAAACGCCCUGGGUGCGCUGCUCAACCAGCACCAGCACCACUUGCAGCACUUCUCGGGCGGAUCGGUGGGCUCCGGGGUGCCGAACGGGAUGCAGCAGCACGGCGGCAACAUGUUGCAGCACAACAGCAACGCCAGCAGCCUGCUCCUCGAUCACUCCGAACUGGGUUUGGUGGGGGGAUUGGCCCACUCAAGUCACCCGGACGAGGGCAACCACAGCCUGGAGGGCAGCAAUAAAUCCCCCAUGGAGGCGCCACUGGCCAACAGCAACAACAGCAACAACAACAACAACAACAACGACAACGACGACGAGGACGUCAUCGAUUGAAAAGCUCUAAACUAAAAAUCAAACUAAAAGGCAGCCCAGCCCUAAGCAUUCAUAAAUAAUUUUAGAUGUUUGCCUAAUCUAAGGAUAAAUAAUACGAAAACGAAAGAAAACUAGAGAAAGGAGUCCCCUUAUCCAAAGAUACAAUUUUUUGAAGAACAAUAAUUAAAUUUACCAAAACGAGAGAGAGAGAGAGAGAGAGCUCUGCUGAAUCGCUGGUUAUAUCUCUAUUUUAUUUGCGUUGAGAUUAAAUGCCAACUACUUUCGAUCGCCCCGGAAACCAGAAAUUAAGUGUUUUUGUAAAUAAAAGCAAAUAUCUAGUUGUAAGAAGCGGAACCCUAACUAAUCAAGCAAAAUAGCCAGCAGCCCAAAGCCCAAAGAACAUAUAGUCACUCCUAGUUCCACUUUCAGUUCCCCAUCGUAUAUCGUAUAUAUAAACCAGAAACGUAUCAAGAUUGUAAACAGCCUAGGCCGAGAAAAAAGUAAAGCUAAAUAAAAAGAAAAAAAAGAAAAACUAUAUCAAGCCGUAGCAGUUUUUAAGGAGUUGUCUAGUCGUAUAGAAAUCCGCCGGAGAUGCGCAUUUGCCAUAUACUUGUCUGUCUGUAUAUGUACAUGUAUAUCCCCACUAAAGAGCCCCUUAUAAAUAUAAACUAUUUAAUAAUUGUACACUUAAUAUUACUAGUUAUAGAAAUUGAAUCAAAAGAACAAUAAAAAUUAUGGAAAAAAAACA